AUGGCCACUCUGCACUCAAACGGCGGCUUUGGCUCUGCCGGUGCAAACGGAGCACCACAUGGCAAUGACAACUCCAGCUUCAACCCCAGUGCCAACGGCGACAUCGUCCCAAGAAUCCUCGCUGCCCUCGAGGUAGUCUACAACCCACGAUCCGCAAACCAGUCCCGCAUCGAAGCACAAUCUUUCCUCGAGCAGGUCAAGUCCCUUAAGGAGGGCCCCUCGCACGGCUUUACCCUCGCCUCCGACAAGGCGCAGUCGCCCAUCGUCCGAUACUACGGCCUGUCACUUCUCGAACACUCCAUCAUUCACAAGUGGGCCGAGUAUGACGACCAGGAGGCUGCGUUCCUGAGAGGCUGGGUGCUGGAGCUUGCCCAGCAGGCGACGAGGGAAGACCCCCAGUAUAUCAGGAACAAGAUCGCGCAGCUCUGGGUCGAGGUCGCCAAGCGCUGCUGGGGGGCUGAGUGGAUGGAUAUGGACCAGAUGCUCGUGCAGCUCUGGCAGUUGCCUGGCUUUGGCGUGCACAAGGAGUUUGUCCUGUCCGUGCUUGGCUCGCUGUCCGAGGAGAUCAUCGGCGGAGAUGACCCCAUUGUCGCAAUGCGCGAGAAUGUCCUGGACAAGGCCGUCGUUGAUAUAUUCAUGCCUGUGUCUGUCUUGGCCGAGGACUUCCCCAACCGCGAGGCCGGCGCGCCUGUUCGCUUCGGCUCCGAAGGCUGGCUUCAGCGCGCGGUGAGUCUGCUUGGCGAGGCUCUGGCAUCUGACAUCCAGGGCAACGACGAGGCGCGAUCAAGCGCCGUCAAGGCGCUCGUGUUGCUUACCAUCAUUCUCCCGUGGGCCUUCCCCAAAUCCGUAAUCGUUGCAAGAACCGUCCACUAUCUCUAUGAAGGCCUUGUCGCGCCUCACGUGGCUGUCCAAAAGGCAUCCCUCGAAGCCCUGCAUGCACUUUACUCCCGGAGCAACUUUGGCGACGAGCAGUUCUCGGCCCUAGUCUUGCCCAUGUAUGACAAGCCGUGUGUCGAGCGCUUCUCCCAGCUGUUUGCAUGGUCCACAGUAGAUGCCGAUGACAUUGACGACGACAAAUAUUUGUUCGCCAAGAAGUUUUCAGAAACAAUAUCACAUCUAGGCAACUACCUCGAUCGGAAGCUGGUCCGAUAUGAGAGCUUGCCAGAGGAGACCCCAGACCCUACGCUGAUCCUCCUGAUGGAAGACACGGACACGAUCCCGGAGCGCCAUGCCUUCCUGGGCAACUACAGACGUUAUAGCUCCCAGGUCAUCGAGAGCAUUGUGGAGCUGACACUCUCAGAUGCUAUCAACUACAUUCUCGGGCAGACUGACACCGUGUUGCAGCACCUAUACGACGGACAGCCGCCAAUAAAUCCGGCCAACUACGUCAAGAGCUCGAUGGCCUAUCUCCGCGUUGAUGCGCAAUUCACCGUGAUAGAGUCUGCCCUGAAAGGUUACGUGAGAUCAAGACCACCGAAGGGUGCCGACCCAGAGCAAAUUGAAGCUCAGAAGGCGCAGCUGGAUGAGCACCUUGAGGCGUGGUGUAAUCGAUUGAUUGAGAUGAAGUUCCAAGACCCGCUGAUCCAAAAGCGGCUCCUGCAGCUUCUGGUUGCCUUUUCUACCACUGCUUUGAGGAAGAACAACGGCUUCAUGCUCAAGGUGCUCGAACACAUCUUGAUGACCUGGCCCGCGACGCAUCCUGAGCACAGGGCGUUCAAUGAGGCAAUCAAGGAUCUUCAGGCCGAGAGUUUGAAUGAGCUUCAACGGCUGGCCUUCAAGAUGCCGGACAACCUACUCGGCGUCUACGACCAGUUAGAGGCCAAGAUCAACGAGAUGAGCGCCUCGGGAACCUUGGACGAGCGGAGACUCGUUAAUUACAAGACUUUCCUCUUCAUCAUCAUCCACCGUGCCACCAACAUUGACCAGUCAACCCGUAUUCAGCGGCUGCAGGCCUUUGUCGAGCCGGUCAAGGCUCAAUGGAGAGACGAGAAUCUGAAGCGCGCUCUUGCAACAUACGAAGGCUUUUGCGAAAUGACCGGGCUCGACAAAGCGCAGAGGUAUCUGGCGAACCACCGGGUCGAUCAGAUCUCUGACUGGGGCUCUGUUGAGCUUGAUGCCGAAGGUGCUGCUCUGCAGGCCGAGCUGGAGGAGCGCCAGCAGUUCUUGCCUCUGCGUGCUACGAAAUCCUUCCUGAACUACUCCGUAGACAAGCUCGAGAAGUCCUCGCCAUCAUAUCAAGCAUCGUGUGCCCUGUGGCAAGACAGCUUCCCCAUCAUACUUCCGGAGCUCCUCCAGUUUUUAAGCCAUGCACACGCAUCUGCCAAUCCCAGCAACUGGACGCUUCUUCCCAGUGAAAUGCAAUCUAUCGUCGGCCGAGUGCUCACGGAUAGGUUUUGGCAAGCCGGCAUUUCUGAGGGCAGCAAAGAUGAUUUCUACGCCAGGGUGAUCAAUAAGAAGAACACCCUGGAAGGCCUAGCAUCAUCGAUUCGUGGUCAGAUCCGCUACAUCCGCGAGUUCUGCUACUCGGUUAUUUUCUGCAUGAGCUGUCUCGAACAACAAUUCUACGGAUUCGAAGAGCUUCCGGGCCCACUCGCCCACGCCUUGUUCGCGGACUCCCACUGCCUCUCCCCCCAUCAACUCAUAGCCCUCCUUAACCUGGUCAGGUUGCUGGUGGACGUUUGUCCUGUUGAGCUUCGGCACCACUUCCUGCCCCCGAUACUGGCGGGCUGCUUCCAGCGAAUGGAUGCCAAGAUCAAGUCGGAAUGGGACAAACUGGAGCAGGCGGGGAACGUCCAGGCGGCUGCGGACGAAUUAACGGAGGAAAUGAAGGCGGAAAGUGUCCUGCGCCAGCUGACUUACUCUGCGGUCAUGAUGAUUGCGGACUUCCUAGAUCCCGCGAGGCUGGACGCGCUCCCAAAGGACAAGACACAAAACGAGCAAGAGUCUGAGCUUGUACCUCAGCAGCCUUCCCUCCGCAAAUUUUGCUUGAUGAACUCAUCCGUCAUCGAGCCGCUUCUGGUUUUUAUGGCUCACGCCAUCGUCAUGCAUGACGGCAGGUGUUGUGGAGUCGUGCUUCGUGUGUUUCGAUCAAUCAUACCCGAGUUCCGGAGCACCCACGCGGGCUCCCAAAGACUGCCGCAGGCGGAGGCACCGUCCAAGCAUGCAUCCACCACCGACAACUUCCCGAUCCCCGAGGAUACUGCGAAUGCUGUUAGAGAGUUCAUCUCGACGGACGUUCUCAAGGCGUGCAUCACCUCCCUGCACGAUCCGUACUUUGUGGAGCUGCAGCGUGAACUUGGAAACGUCAUGGCGGCCGUUAUUUCCAAUUACAGCCCGCUUACACAGACGCCACGCGAUGUGCUGUGCUCGCUUGGGAGUAUCAAGCUCGAAGAGGUGGAUGGUUGCAUCGCAAACAUUGGCCGUGCCGUGUCCAACCCUCGGCAACAACGCGGGCACAUUCUUGAUCUGCUCAAGGACCUCAAGGGGGUGAGCAUCUCGGAGAUGGGCAAGCUGCAGAAGAGCUCUGAUCCGUCAGGCUUCAAGAAGAAGUCGUCCGGCCGAAGCAAGAUGGCACAAGAGUUUAUGACGGCCCCGGCGUCGAACGGUCGACCAAUUGCCAGGCGGGACUCGCCGGAUCUCAGCGGUGUGGCGGGCCUGUUCGACGGUUGA